CAUCUCCAUCACUCUCAAAGCUUUCACACUUCUUUUCCUACUCUUUUCACUGUGUUUUCUCACCUCCAUUAGUCCUUCUCAGCUUUCUCCACAACCUUCACUGGUUUUCUGGUUCACAAAAGGUAAACCCUUUCAAGUUUCAACUCUACAGCUUUGUAGUUUAGAGUUCAGACCAUGUUGUGUUUUGUUUUGGUGCUUGUGCUUUUCUUUAACUCUGAUAGUCUAGUGGGUGCUUUGAAUGAAGAAGGCCAAGCCCUUCUGUCAUUCAAGCAGUCAAUCACUCAGGACCCAGAAGGGUCUUUGAGUAAUUGGAACUCUUCUGAUGCAAAUCCUUGUACAUGGAAUGGGAUUACAUGCAAGGAGCAAAGAGUUGUGUCCCUUAGCAUUCCAAAGAAGAAGCUUUUUGGGCUUCUUCCUUCUGCCAUGGGGUCACUCUCUGAACUCAGACAUGUCAAUCUAAGGAACAAUAAGCUCUAUGGGAGCUUGCCCGUUGAGCUUUUUGAGGCUUUAGGGUUACAAAGUUUGGUUCUUUAUGGAAAUUCCUUUUCUGGGUCUGUGCCUAAUGUUAUUGGGGAGCUCAAGUACUUGCAAAACUUGGAUUUGUCACAAAAUUUCUUCAAUGGGUCAAUACCUUCUGCAAUUGUACAAUGCAAGAGACUCAGAACUGUGGAUCUUAGUCAGAAUAAUUUCACUGGUUCUCUGCCAGAUGGGUUUGGGAUUGGCUUGGUGUCUCUGGAAAAGCUUGAUCUUUCUUUUAACAAGUUCAAUGGCUCAAUUCCUAGUGAUUUGGGAAAUUUGUCCAGCUUGCAAGGCACUGUUGAUUUGUCUCAUAAUCAGUUUUCUGGUAUAAUCCCAGCUAGCCUUGGAAACCUUCCUGAGAAGGUUUACAUUGAUCUCACUUACAACAAUUUAAGCGGUCCUAUACCCCAAAAUGGUGCUCUAAUGAACAGAGGACCAACUGCCUUUAUUGGGAAUCCUGGUCUUUGUGGCCCUCCAUUGAAGAACCCUUGUUCUUCAGAUACUCCUGGUGCAAGUGCACCAUCCUUUCCAUACUUGCCGGACAACUUCCCUCCUCAGGAUUCUGAUGAUAAUGCUGGUGACAAAUCAAAAGGGUUAAGUAAGACAGCUGUGAUUGCAAUUGUAGUCAGUGACGUGAUUGGUAUUUGCCUUGUUGGGCUGCUUUUCUCAUAUUGCUAUUCGAGGAUUUGUUCUUGUAGCAAGGUUAAGGAUGAAAAUGGUUAUGGGGUCGCAAAGGGUGGCAAGGGGAGGAAAGAGUGCUUGUGCUUCAGGAAAGAUGAGUCAGAGACUUUAUCUGAAACUAUGGAGCAAUAUGAUCUGGUGGCAUUGGACACACAAGUGGCAUUUGAUCUGGAUGAGCUUCUUAAGGCUUCUGCUUUUGUUCUUGGAAAGAGUGGAAUUGGCAUUGUUUACAAAGUUGUGCUUGAAGAAGGACUUACUUUAGCAGUGAGGAGAUUGGGUGAAGGGGGCUCUCAGAGAUUCAAGGAAUUUCAGACAGAAGUUGAAGCAAUUGGAAAGCUAAGGCAUCCUAAUAUCGUGACACUAAGGGCUUAUUAUUGGUCUGUUGAUGAAAAGCUGCUGAUAUAUGACUAUGUGCCUAAUGGCAACCUUGCAGCCGCUAUUCAUGGUAAGCCAGGAAUACUAUCAUUUACGCCACUCUCAUGGUCUGUUCGGUUGCAAAUCAUGAAAGGAAUUGCGAAAGGCUUGGUCUACCUGCAUGAGUUUAGCCCCAAAAAGUAUGUCCAUGGAGACUUGAAGCCGAGUAACAUACUUCUUGGACAAAACAUGGAGCCACAAAUUUCUGAUUUUGGACUUGGACGCCUUGCUAAUAUAGCCGGAGGUACCCCGACACUGGAAUCCAACCGAAUGGGUACCAUAGACAAACCACAAGAAAGGCACCAAAAGAGCGCCUCCACUGAAUCUGCUGUAGUUUGUUCGUCUAGUAAUUUGGGAUCUUGUUAUCAAGCUCCAGAAGCUCUGAAAGUGGUGAAACCAUCACAGAAGUGGGAUGUCUAUUCCUAUGGGGUAAUCUUGCUUGAAAUGAUUACCGGAAGAUUGCCAAUAGUACAAGUAGGUUCCUCAGAAAUGGACCUAGUUCAUUGGAUUCAGCUCUGCAUUGAUGACAAGAAGCCUCUUUUGGAUGUGUUAGACCCACAUCUGAUGCAAGAUGUAGAAAUGGAAGAAGAGAUUAUCGCAGUAUUGAAGAUUGCAAUGGCUUGCGUUCAUAGCAGCCCGGAAAGAAGACCAAUCAUGAGGCAUGUUUCUGAAGCUUUGGACAGGUUGGCCACACCUGCUGCGUGAGCUAGCUUGACAGUGUUGAAUUGAAUUCAAUCCACUUGUGAAGCUUGGUGUUUGGGUUAGUUCAAUCUCAAGUAUGAACCCGCAUUGUCUACUUUAUUUUUUUCUCACUGUCAUUUGUUAGAGCUAGAUUGAGUUUGGUCUUCUUCAAGAGCAAUGCAAUAGAGUUUGCAUGAGUUUGGCCUUGAACAGUUGGUUAUAUGUGAAGAAAUUUCUUCAUGAUCUUCUUGUAAACCUUUUGUGUCUUUGUUGUUCUUGUAGGUUAAUGAAGUUAAUCAUUUGUUU